AUUGACAGUUCGUUCGUAAACUAGUUUGAAAGGAAUCAAGUCAUAGUAUACAUUGUAAGGAAUCGUAUCGUUCGCAUGUUUGUGUUCAAAAUGAGUCGAAAAGUAAAUUUGUCGAAAAUAGCUACUAAAAAUCUCAAAAAUGCGGCUGCAAUAGUUGAAUCAACGGAAAGUUCAUUGGUGGCUCAAUCUUCAACACUGUCACCAUAUUUUUCACCGAUCGCUGGACGAACCAGAAACAAUCGUAAAAACGUUGAAAAUGCAACAGUCGCUGGUUUCAAAUCAAAGUCAAAUGAAACUAACGUAACAUCAUCAUCGUCAUCAUCAUCAUCUGAAUUGGUUGCAAAGAUAAAGAAAAAUCAAUCCAUCGAGCCAAAAGGUGCGACGAGAAAACACAUAAAAGUUGAAUACGAUGAAAAUGAAAAGGUGGUCGAAGUGAAGAAUGAAGUUAAAGAAGAGCCGAUUAAAAAACAAAGUAAAAAACGUGCACCCAACAAUGGUAAAAGCGCCGGCAAAGUCAAAGACGAGCCAAUUUUCAAAACUGAAACCGAUACCAGUGAAGAAUCAACAUCACCAGUGAAACAAGUAAAAUGGGAACCAAACAAUUGGCGUCAAUUGCUUGCCAAUAUACGUGAAAUGCGUAAGGAACGUAAUGCUCCAGUUGACACAAUGGGCUGUGAUAAAUGCUAUGAUGAACAUUCCGAUGAAAAAACCAAGCGAUUCCAUCAUCUAGUUGCAUUGAUGUUAUCAAGUCAAACAAAGGAUUCUGUUACCUAUGAGGCCAUGAGUCGUCUGAAACGCCAUGGUUUAACUCCGGAAAAAAUGAUUGCAACUAGCACGAGCGAAUUGGAACAAUUAUUAUAUCCCGUUGGUUUUUACAAGACAAAAGCCAAGAAUAUUCAGAAAACAUCACAAGUAUUGAUUGAUAAAUUUGGUUCGGACAUUCCCAAUUCGCUGGAGGGUCUUGUUAGCCUACCGGGUAUUGGACCCAAAUGUGCGCAUAUUUGUAUGCGUGUUGCAUGGAAUAUUGUCACUGGCAUCGGAGUCGACACUCAUGUUCAUCGUAUUGCGAAUCGUUUGAAAUGGGUGCCAAAAGAAACAAAAGAACCGGAACAAACACGCAUCGCAUUGGAAAAAUGGUUGCCAUAUGAGGAUUGGACAGAUGUCAAUGAGUUACUUGUUGGAUUCGGCCAAUCCAUUUGUACUCCCACGAAUCCAAGAUGCAGUGAAUGCCUGAAUGCCUCGAUUUGUCCAGCAAGCAGCGUGAAGAAGACCAAGAAGAACGUCUAAUUUAACAUACUCCAUGGCAUUGGUUGCUGUUGUCAGUUUUUGUGAUUGUGGAAACCAUAUAGUAUUAAAAAAAAGUUAACGAUUUAUAUCAAAAAAUAGUGUUCUCUGUGUUUCUGCACAUUAUAUAAUAAGUUCGAUUUCUUUAUUAUCAAAUAAAUUCAAAACUUCAGAUAACUGUCAUUAAACUAUGCAAUUUAAAUAUGGAAGGAUCAAUUUUGUAAUGAUAACAAUUAAAAAAAAUAAAAUAAAUAGAAUACACCGGUUAUUA